AUGGGCCCCGGAGGCGCACACGUCCCUGACCUGACGCAAGCGAAAUGUGAACAUGAUGCAGGCAGCGGCGCACGGGCCGUCGGCAAGCGGUGGGACGUGCUGGGUUCGGCCGCCGGCGCGACCGCCGCCAAGGCGCACCACCACAGCCUGGCCCUGGACGCAGCAGACGGCGGCAGGCCGUACCUGGCAGCCCUGGAGGGGCCCGGCUACAACCUGACGGUGCGCAAGUACGUUAGCAAGGAGGCGGGGUGGCAGGCCCUGCCGCAGCCCAGCGGCUCUGGGGCCGCGGGCUAUGUGGCUCUGCUCAUGCACCCGACCCAGCCGGGAAGGCCUUGGGUUGCGUACGGGGACCCGUCCCGUGGCGGCAGGCUCAGCGUGCGGGCCUUCACAGGCGCCUCCUGGGUGGCCAAGGGCCAGCCGGGGCUGUCCCAGAUCCCGCUGUCCUCGGUGCCGCCCAAGCUGGCCUUUGCCCCGGAUGGCGCUGCCUGGAUUGCGUUCCGGGUGGGUUCCGCAGAGGACGGCCCGCCCACGGGGCCCUUCAACAUCGUUGUGAUGAAGUGGCUGGCGUCCAGCAGCAGCAGGGGCCAGCGCGCCGCUGUGUCCCCUGCAGAGGCCGAGGACGUCCAGCUGGCGGUCGGCCCCAACGGCGAGCCCUAUGUCGCGUUCCGAGACAUGGGCGACGGCAACUUCCCGCUGUCGCGGGGCAUGGUGGUGCGGCGGGUGGCGCUGGCGGGGGGCGGCUUCCAGUGGAGCCCGCUGGGGCCGCCGCAGCAGCCCUACUUCACGCUGGCGAUGGAGGUGGGUGUGCUGGGUGUUGAGUGGAUGCAGGGAGGUUGUUUCGGUGUUCGGCGAAUAGGCUGGAGGCAGUAA